CAAAGCAGUACUGGUGACAGGGAAUGAAGGAGGCGCUUUUGCCUCUGGGCUUGUUCCAAUGAUUGAUCGUAUGUCUGUGUCUACAUCUGUCAGUGUUACCCCUCAGUGACGGCAGUCAUCUGAUAGAGACAGCCUCUCUCUAUCCCUGCCACCAUUACAUGCAUCAGUGGACUUGUGGCACUGGGAUGAAGCGCCUAGCCAGUGAGGACACCACUGCUGAAAUCAUGCUGAGCGCUGACACAGACGAGGUUUUCAUUGACGAUGAGGAGCUGGACGAUUCCUGCUCCUCCCCGGGGCAGUCCACAGCGGCCAAGGGCAUCACUAAACAUCAGAAGAGGGCACCUCGUCAGUAUCACUUUCGUGAGAAUGAUGGCUUGAAAACCAAGGUGCCCAUGGACUCCUUUUACCCAACGUCACAGAAAAAAACUGUCCGAUCGCACCAGAAGAUGGAAAAGAGCCAGUCCCCGGAUUUGGACCAGGGCAAAGAAUGGAAUUCAGAGCCCAGUCUGUACAAGCGACAUUGGCUGUUCGAAGUGGUGUCCAAGGGUGACGCAUCUGCAUUUGACGGAUUCCUACAGUACCUGAUCCAAAACAACAAACGCCUUACUGACUGGGAGUUCAGAGACCCAGAGACGGGGAAGACUGCAUUGCUGAAGGCUCUGCUGAAUUUGAGUAACAACCGGAAUGACACCGUCCCCAUACUACUGGAAAUCGCAGAGAAGACAGACAACCUGGAGGAACUCAUCAAUGCUGCCUACAUGGACAGUUACUACAAGGGUCAGACAGCCCUACACAUCGCCAUCGAGCGGCGCUGCCUGCACUUCGUGGCACUCCUGAUCCGGAACGGAGCCAAUGUCCACUCCAAGGCCAGCGGCUUGUUCUUCAAGGCCAAGGAGGGCCAGACCGGAUUCUACUUCGGGGAGCUGCCCCUCUCGCUGGCUGCCUGCACCAACCAGCUGGAGGUGGUGGACCACCUCCUGGAGAACCCUUACCGCAAGGCCGACAUUGGCGCCGUAGACUCCAGGGGCAACAACGUACUGCACGCCCUGGUGUCCAUCUCCGACAACAGCCGGGAGAACACCAAGUUCGUCACCGAGAUGUACGACCACCUCCUCAGGAUGGGCGUGAAGCUCAGACCUCAGCUCAGCCUGGAAAGCAUGGCGAAUAGGAAGGGGCUGACACCCCUCAAGCUGGCCGCCAAGACCGGGAAGAUUGAGAUCCUCAAGCACAUCAUUGGGAGAGAGAUGCGGGAGGAGGAAUGCCGACACCUGUCCAGGAAGUUCCAGGAGUGGGCGUACGGACCAGUACACUCCUCGCUGUAUGACCUUUCGUCCCUCGACACAUACGAGAAGAACUCAGUGCUGGAGAUCAUCGUGUAUGGCAGCGAAACGCCGAACCGACAUGAGAUGCUGUUCCUCGAGCCUCUGAAACACCUGCUUCAGGAGAAGUGGAACAACUUUGCCAGGUUCAUCUUUUACUUCAAGUUCAUCGUGUAUUUGGCUUAUAUGGUCAUCUUCACUGUGACAGCCUACAACCGGAUCGAGGGCAGGAAGCCUCCCUUUGAGAUUGAGCGCAACGUCAAAGGAUACCUGCGUCUGAGCGGACAGUGUGUGAUGGUGCUUGGAGCCCUCUACCUCUUCUUCCAGGGGAUUGAAGAGGUGUUUCUACGGAGGAGAAGGACUCCCAAGUCGAUAUCUAUCGAUGGCUACUGUGAUAUUCUCUUCUUCAUCCAGUCUGUGGUUCUGCUGGCUGCAGCUGUGCUGUACACAUGUGGGCGGGCAGAGUAUGUGGGCUUCCUGGUGAUUUCCCUGGCGAUCGGCUGGAUCAAUACACUGUACUACACACGAGGCUUCCAGCAAAUGGGCAUCUACAGUGUGAUGAUGCAAAAGAUCAUCCUGACGGACCUGAUGAGCUUCCUUCUUGUCUAUGUCGUGUUUCUCUUUGGAUUUGGAGCAGCUUUAGUGGUGUUGAUCGAGGACGGUGUGUACAACAACACCAAGCCCGGCUGCCGAAAGGACACCACCUACAAGAGCUUUGAGACAACUUCCUUAGAGCUGUUCCGAUUCACCAUCGGGAUGGGGGACCUGGAAUUCACGGAGGACUACAGGUUCAAGGAGGUGUUCACCUUCCUGUUGUUAUCAUACGUCAUCCUCACCUACAUCCUCCUGCUCAACAUGCUCAUCGCCCGGAUGAGCAAAACCGUGGAAACGGUUUCCAAGGACAGUAAAAGUAUCUGGAAACUUCAGAGAGCCAUCACUAUCCUAGAUCUGGAGAAAAGUCUGCCACGAUGCCUGCGGGCACAGUUCCGAUCAGGGGAGCCUGUGGUUGUCGGGGUUACCCUGGACGGACAGGAGGAUCUGAGAUGGUGCUUCAGGGUGGACGAGGUAAACUGGAACAGGUGGAACACUGACCUUGGGCUCAUCAAUGAAGAACCAGGAAUCUCUGAGGUGAUGAGGUCAAACUCGACCAUCAGGGGGAAGAAUCCUCGUGGAGCACGGAGUUGGCGGACCAUGCUGCCCCUACUGAAGGAAAUUAAGUCUGGCAAGGAGGAAGAGGAGCUACGCGAGUUACGAACUGAACUGGCAAGACGGCCCCGCAGACGCCCGCUUACUGCCACUGCCAAGGUCAUCUGAGGUCAGGAUCAGGCAUUUACAAGAAAAAUAAAGAAAUACAAUAGAAUUCAUAGGAAACUGUACACAAACAGAUAAAGAUUGAGAAUCAACCUAUAUAAAAAAGACAACCUGUGCAAAUAGAAAAUAAUACCAACACAACUGUUACCGGCUUCUCCAACAUUCCAGAAGUAUCCUGGUCCCUGCCCGUGGAAAACCAGAGGAAGACGAUAUCGAAACUGCCAGGGUAUCUCAGUCUGUGACUGAGUUAGCUUGCUAGUUUGUAACUUGUAAAUAAAAUAACAGAGACAGGAAGAGAAUGGUAUUGGAGACUUUUAAUUCUCCAAUUGCCUGAGAAGGCAGAGGCUCCUGAUGAAGGGUCUCUCCCCAAAUUGUCGACCCUUUAUUCCCCUCCUAUUAAUGAGUAUAUUGUAAUAAGUAUGUUAAUAAGUAUUAAUAAGUACGUCAUGAAAUGUCUGGAGAGUCAUUUUCUUGUGGGCAUUCACAAUAAGUACAGUAGAGAAUGAAAAACUGCACACAAGAUGGAAAGAAAACAGAUGUGCAAAGGACAAACUGCAAACAGAAAGAAAACAAAAUCAAACAUCAUAAUAAUAAUAAUAAUAAUCAAUAAAUAUGAAGAACGUGAGAUGACGAAUCCUUGAAAGUGAGUCCAUUGGCUGUGGAAGCAGUUCAGUAAUGGGGCAAGUGAAGUUGAGUGAAGUUAUUCCCUCUGUUUCAUGGUUGAGGGGUAAUAACUGAUCCUAAACCUACUGGUGUGGGACCUGAGGCUCCUGACGGCAGCAACAAGAAGAGAGCAUGGCCUGGAUGGUGGGGGACCCUGAUGAUGGACGCUGCUUUCCUGUGACAGUGCUCCAUGUAGGUGAGCUCAAUGGUGGGAAAGAGGAGGUUGGUACCAAAGGAAAACAGAAUGUAGACACCACGGUAAUGUAGCGGUUAUCAUGACACAAUUACAACUUGGGCCUUUCCAGAGUUCAAUUCUACCGUCAUCUGUAAGGAGUUUGUACAUUCUCCCCAUGAACCAUGUGAGUUUCCUCCAGGUGCUCUGGUUUCCUCACACAGUCCAAAGACGUACCGGUUAGUAGGCUAAUUGGUCAUGGAAAAUUGUCCUAUAAUUAGCCUAGCAUUAAAUAAGUGGGUUUCUGGGUGGUGCAAAUCGAAGGGCUGGAAGGACCUGUUCUGCUCUGCAUCUCUAAAUAAAAUGUA